UUAGAUGAUGACAAUCCUCCAGUGUCUUUUGUGAAAUUUUCACCAAAUGGAAAAUACAUUCUUGCAGCAACACUAGAUAACACACUUAAGCUUUGGGAUUAUAGCAAAGGAAAGUGUUUGAAGACAUAUACGGGCCAUAAAAAUGAAAAAUACUGUGUUUUUGCAAACUUUUCUGUUACGGGAGGCAAGUGGAUCGUGUCAGGGUCGGAAGACAACAUGGUGUACAUUUGGAACCUGCAGACUAAAGAAGUAGUACAAAAACUUCAAGGCCAUACGGACGUUGUCCUGUGCACAGCCUGCCAUCCAACUGAAAAUAUAAUUGCUUCAGCUGCUCUGGAAAAUGACAAAACUAUCAAACUGUGGAAAAGUGAUACGUGACAGCUGUAUUUAUGUGGCAGGCAUUCUGUGUUUUGGUGAUGUAUCUGUUUUUCUUUGUUGUGUAUCACAAACAGCUGUAUUUAUGUGGCAAGCAUUCUGUGUUUUGGUGAUGUAUUUGUUUUUCUUUGUUGUGUAUCACAAAUUCUUUUUAAAGAUUUCAAAAAAAAAAGGAGAAUUCCGGUUUCCAA